AUGCUUGAACAUAAGAGCAACGCAUUGAGAGUUUUACUUUUGAUUCCGCUAUACAACUACAUCUUGAGGGCGUUUCUCGCCCUCGGCGUCCUCGGAGCCGCUGAGGUGAACAGGCAAUCUAUCUCGGAUGAGGAUCCGAAUUCACGUUUUUUGUGUCAAGGUUCUCUGAGUGAUUUUGCUGCAUGUCAGUGCCGUGAAGAGGACAGUGAAUUGUCUUGUAUAAAUGCUCAAUUUGUCGAUACGGAUGUCUUUCUUCAUGUAAAUAACCAUUACAGGCAUCUUCGAAAGGUGACAUUCCAUGGCAAUAACUUCCAAGAUUUGCCCGAUAGCGCGCUGUUUGGCCAGAAUGUUCAUCAAAAUCUCGAGGUUUUGAACAUAUCGGCGAAUUAUAUCGUGAAUUUGCACUCGAAUGCUUUGCAAGGAAUGCCAAAUUUGUUGGUUUUAGACAUCAGCAAUAAUGAAAUUGUUCUCAAAGAUGACGAUAUCAAUUUUCUUUCUCAUACUCCUAAAUUGAAACAAUUGUAUCUACGACGAGCAUUCACUUUGCUCGUCAAUCGAACAAUACAAUUUGCACUUAUGAUGCGUAUGUUCAGGACUGCACAACUCAAGGAACUUACCUACAUCGAUCUAAGUUACAACUACCUUACGUCGGUACCGUACGAUAUCGCAUGCCCGUUUCCUUCACUAAGAUAUGUGGACUUACGGCAAAACUUUCUGCAAACGCUCAAUGUGAACGCGUCGUGUAUGUUGAACGUUGAAACACUUGAUCUCAGCAGGAAUCAUUUCCGAAGACUGGACGACACAUUCAGAAAUGGUAUCGGUAGCGAAUUGCGAGAGAAAUCGAUUUUACUGCGGAAUUCAUUUUACUGCAACUGCGAGAGUGUUGAUUAUAUCAGUUGGAUCAAGAAGUCGAAAACGGUUGGCAUUCUUCAAGAGUAUUGA